AUGUCGAGUGCACUUACACCUCCCGAGUUCGACCCGGCCAAGCCGAACGGAGGCAACUCCCUCGACGAAGAUGUCAACGCCCAAUAUGCUGGCCUUGAGUUUCACUAUGUGUACCUGAUGGUCUGCGCCUUCCUCGUCUGGCUCAUCAUCCCUGGUAUUGGUUUUCUCUACAGCGGUCUUGCGCGUCGCAAGUCAUCUCUUUCUCUUCUCUUCCAGUCGUUCGCUGUUGCAGGAGUCGUCUGUUUCCAAUGGAUGUUCUGGGGCUACUCACUUGCAUAUUCUCGCACCGCAAACGCUUUUAUCGGCGACCUCGCCAACUUCGGUAUGAAGAAUGUUGUGGCCGCUCCGUCCCCGGGUUCAGUCCUACUUCCCGAGAUCGUUUUCUGCCUGUAUCAGAUGCUGUUCUGUAUCUGCACGGUGGUCCUUGUCACUGGUGGCAGCUUUGAGCGUGGCCGUAUCCUGCCAUCCCUGAUCUUUUCAUUUUGCUGGGCUACCAUCGUAUACUGCCCUAUUGCGUGCUGGACUUGGAACGCCAACGGCUGGCUGUACAACCUCCCGUCUCUCGACUUCGCUGGUGGAGGUCCCGUUCACGUUGCCAGCGGCUGGGCCGCUCUCGCCUAUGCCUUCGUGCUCGGAAAGCGCGUCCAUAAGGGAGAGAAGUUCCACGGCAAACCGCACAACACCACGCUGGUGUUCAUCGGCACCGUCUUCAUCUGGUUCGGAUGGUUCGGCUUCAACGGCGGCUCUGCUCUCAAUGCCUCCGUUCGCUCCAUGAUGGCUGCGUUCAACACCAACACCGCUGCCUGCUUCGGUGUUCUCGGUUGGAUCACCGUCGACUACAUUCGUAGCAAGGGUCAUUUCUCCCUCGUUGGCGCUUGCUCAGGGGCCAUCGCUGGCCUUGUUGGUAUCACACCGGCUGCUGGUUUCGUCAGUGUCUGGAUCGCCGGCCUCAUCGGUUUCUUGACUGGAGCAAUCUGCUCUUCAGCCAAGAAUAUCGACAAGUUGCUUGGUAUCGACGAGGGCAUGGAUGUAUUCAAGCUGCACGGAAUCGGUGGUAUGUGCGGAUCCUUCCUCACCGGCAUCUUCGCCCAGAAGUGGGUUUCCGCUCUCGACGGCGCGUCUAUUUAUGAGGGUGCGCUUGACGGCGUCGGUGUCCAGGUUGGCCGCCAGCUCGCCGAGAUCUGUGCUAUCUCUUCGUACUCCUUCGUUGUAACCUGCAUUCUGCUGUACGCGCUCAAGUUCAUUCCAUUCAUGCACCUGCGCGUUACGGAGGAAGCGGAGAUGAUUGGUUUGGAUCUCGAUCAGUUCUUCGAUGAGCAAAUUGGCGACUGGAGUAUGAUGGAGCAACACGCGCUGGAGGGUAUGACCCAGCCGAACAGUAUUCAGGCAAGCUCCGAGGCUGUGGCUCCCAAAUCCGGUUGA